AUGCGUUGUGGACGUUUUCAUCCAAAUCACUCUUGCAAGAUUGGUCUAGGUGGUUACUUCAACUGUGGUUUGCCUGGUCAAAUUACGAGGGAUUGCACUCGUGGAAUGAACCCUAAUACGGGUCAGAGUCAACACCAAGGGCGAGUGUUUGCUGUAAACGCCAAGGAUGCUGCUAAGGCGGAUCCUCUGAUGAGAGGUAACUCUUUAAUUAGUGAUAAAAUCUUGGUUGCAUUGUAUGAUACUGGAGCUUCGCAUUCGUUUAUUUCAUUUGACAAAGUUGAGGAACUAGGUUUGAAAGUGUCAGAAUUGGCAUUUGAAUUGCAUGUACAUACUCCGCAUCAGACGGUUAUGACUAAGUCAGGUUGUAGGCAAGUGGGUUUCAAGCUUGAGGGUAGAGACUUUGUGCAUGACUUGAUUUGUUUACCAAUGGUUGGGUUGGAGAUGAUUUUAGGGUUUGAUUGGUUGUCAAAGAAUCGAGUUUUGUUGGAUUGCUUUGAGCGGUCAAUUCAGUUUAUGCCGAAAGGGGAAAAUGGAGCAGUAAUAGCUGAGGGUUACUACCUGAACUCUAUAGUGGUACACUGUAGUGGAGAAGAGUGUCAGGGUUAUAUUCUGUUGGCUGCAAAUGCGUUAGGUGAUAAUUAG